GGCGGGCACGCGGGCAGGCUGGGCGUCUGCGCAGGCGCGCGCUGCUCUGGCUUGGUUCUGGCGCUGGCCGCUAGGCGUUCUUCGGCUGAUUCAGUCAGGACUUGGGGCCGCGCGCCGGCGGGGGCACCAUGUUUCUUCAGUCAGUCAGUCUCUGGAACCUGGCGUUUUAUGCCCUUAUGGUUUUCAUGGCGACCCUGGGGCUGUGGGACGUCUUCUUCGGCUUCGAGGAGAACAAGUGCAGUAUGAGCUAUAUGUUUGAGUACCCGGAGUAUCAGAAAAUAGAACUUCCAAAGAAACUGGCAAAACGCUAUCCUGCAUAUGAAUUAUAUCUUUAUGGAGAAGGAUCCUAUGCUGAAGAACACAAAAUUCUCCCUUUGACUGGUAUUCCAGUUCUCUUUCUUCCUGGUAAUGCUGGAAGUUAUAAGCAAGUUCGUUCGAUUGGUUCUAUUGCACUUAGAAAAGCAGAAGACAUUGACUUCAAGUACCACUUUGACUUCUUUAGUGUGAAUUUCAAUGAAGAACUGGUGGCACUGUAUGGUGGAAGUCUUCAGAAACAGACGAAGUUUGUACAUGAAUGCAUUAAAACAAUUCUCAAACUCUAUAAGGGUCAAGAAUUUGCUCCAAAAAGUGUGGCAAUAAUUGGUCAUUCUAUGGGUGGCCUUGUUGCAAGAGCAUUGCUUACAUUGAAAAAUUUUAAACAAGAUCUGAUAAAUCUUCUUAUCACACAAGCCACCCCUCAUGUUGCUCCUGUGAUGCCAUUAGAUCGUUUUAUAACAGACUUUUAUAUGACUGUAAACAACUAUUGGAUUCUAAAUGCUAGACACAUAAAUUUAACCACGCUUUCUGUAGCUGGAGGAUUCCGGGAUUACCAAGUUCGUUCAGGACUGACUUUUCUACCAAAAUUAAGCCAUCAUACCAGUGCCUUAUCUGUUGUGAGUUCAGCAGUGCCUAAGACCUGGGUCUCAACAGACCACCUUUCCAUUGUAUGGUGUAAACAAUUACAAUUGACUACAGUUCGAGCAUUCUUUGAUCUUAUUGAUGCUGAUACUAAACAAAUAACUCAAAAUCCCAAGAAGAAAUUGUCGGUUUUGAAUCACCACUUUAUAAGACACCCAGCAAAACACUUUGAGGAAAAUCCAGCAAUAAUUUCUGACUUAACAGGGACAUCUAUGUGGGUUCCAGUGAAAGUGUCCAAAUGGACCUAUGUGGCUUACAAUGAAUCUGAUAAGAUAUAUUUUACAUUUCCUCUUGCAAAUCAUAGAAAAAUCUACACUCAUGUCUAUUGUCAGAGCACCAUGCUGGAUACAAAUAGUUGGAUUUUUGGCUGCAUAAACAGCACUUCUAUGUGCCGGCAAGGGAUUGAUUUAUCAUGGAAAGCUGAACUACUGCCAACAAUUAAGUCUCUGACGUUAAGACUUCAAGACUAUCCAUCUUUGUCUCAUCUUGUUGUUUAUGUACCAUCUAUUCAUGGAAGUAAGUUUGUUGUAGAUUGUGAAUUCUUUAAAAAAGAGACAAGGUCCAUUCAGCUUCCUGUAACUCAUCUUUUUUCCUUUGGACUGUCUUCAAGGAAAGUGAUAUUAAAUACAAGUGGCCUGUUUUAUAAUAUAGAACUUCUAAACUUCGGACAGAUAUACCAGGCUUUUAAAAUCAACGUAGUAAGCAAGUGCUCAGGAGUCAAAGAAGAAAUAACUAGUAUUUAUAAACUUCAUAUUCCUUGGUCUUAUGAAGAUUCCUUAACUAUUGCACAGGUACCAUCUUCCACAGAAAUUUCUCUGAAACUCCAUAUUGCUCAACCAGAAAAUGACAGCCAUGUAGCAUUAUUAAAAAUGUAUACAUCUUCAGACUGUCAGUAUGAAGUCACAGUUAAGACUUCCUUUUCACAAAUACUUGGACAGGUAGUUAGAUUUCAUGGUGGAGCUCUUCCUGCUUAUGUUACAUCUAGUAUCCUUCUUGCUUAUGGAGGACAAUUAUACUCUCUCUUCUCAACAGGUCAUUGCUUAGAAUAUGCUACUAUGUUGGAUAAAGAAGCCAAGCCAUACAAAGUUGAUCCUUUAGUAAUUACGAUUAAGUUUCUGUUGGGAUAUAAAUGGUUUAAGGAAUUAUGGGAUGUGUUAUUGUUACCAGAAUUAGAUGCCAUCGUUUUAACUAGUCAGAGUAUGUGUUUCCCCCUUGUAUCCUUGAUUCUCUUUCUGUUUGGAACAUGUACUGCCUACUGGGGUGGCCUACUUUCUUCUACAGCUGUGAGACUCCUUUCUUCAUUGUGGCUAGCUUUGAAAAGGCCCUCUGAACUUCCUAAAGAUAUCAAAAUGAUAUCAGCAGAUUUGCCCUUUUUGACAAUUGUUUUGAUCAUAGUUAGUUGGACAACCUGUGGAGCAUUUGCCAUACUGCUUACUUAUCUUUAUUAUGUGUUUAAGAUUGUUCAUCUGCAAGCCAGCCUAACAACUUACAAAAAUAGCCAGACUGUGAAUCCCAAACACUCUAGAAGAAGUGAAAAAAAAUCAAAUCACCAUAAAGACUCUACAGUACACUAUCUUCGUUUAUCUGCCAGUGAUGCUGAAGAUAGUCUUCGCAUGCACAGUACUGUGAUUAACUUACUAACAUGGAUUGUAUUACUCAGCAUGCCGUCUUUAAUUUAUUGGUUAAAGAAUCUCAGGUAUUACUUUAAACUUAAUCCUGAUCCAUGUAAACCUUUGGCAUUUAUCCUUAUUCCAACUAUGGCAAUUCUUGGAAAUACUCACACUGUUUCAAUAAAAUCCAGUAAAUUGUUGAAGGCUACUUCACAAUUUCCACUUCCUCUGGCUGUUGGUGUAAUUGCUUUUGGGUCAGCACAUUUAUACAGGGUUCCAUGCUUCAUUUUCAUUCCUCUUUUACUCCAUGCAUUAUGCAACUUCAUGUAAGACUGAAUUUAAGGAAUGAUAAAAAUAAUUACAACUUUAGGGUCAGUAAGAAGAGAGAAUGCACAGAUUCAUCAAUGUGGACAGCAAGAUCCUUUGGAGAAGACCAGUCUAUUUUUACAAUAUUGAAAAUAGGAAAUUAGUUUUAUAAUGCUUGAGAAAAGUAGUUGAAGCAUGGUUUUGUUUUGUGGUAUGGCAUCUGUGUACUAGUCAUUUUUGAAAAGGGUCUGGUGGCCACUGUUUUUGAGGACUUCUGCAUAUCAGCUAUUCUGCUUAAUUGGCCAUACUGGGGAUCUUCUAAAUACUCAGUAAAUGUAGCAUUGCUUGUAAUCUCAACUCAAGCAUUCUGCUCAUUUCAUCAAACUUUCUUCUGAAAAGUCAGUUACUUUGUAUUUGCUACAGCAUGCAUAUUGAGAAAUCAGUCUUAAAAGAUGAAUGAAAAAGAAAAAGAUCAAUGAAAUUCACAACUGUUUGGUUUCUCAAAAAUGAAAUAACCUCAGAGUCAGUUUUGGCAGCCACAGUGAACAAGGCAGAUCUUUUGUUUUCUUACAUCUUUGAAAAUACAACUUUUAAUUUUAAGGAGACAUGUUUUCUUGGUAACCAAUGGAAGAUUGGUGAACAUAAUUUAAACUCAAAACUUAGUGAAAUUUUCUCACUACUUUUCAAAUACAGAUCUUAUUUUGUAUUCUUGGUGAAUAUCAGGAGUCUAUUAAAGAAAUCUCUCAUUAAAUUUAAAGAAAAUUGUCCCAGAUAUUUACUUAUUGAUGUUGGAGCGGUACAGUUGUUCAGUAUGUACCAUUUUAUUUAAUUCAUUGACCCAAUGGUUGCCAAAAGUGCCUCAGAUCAUGAUGGAUUUUUAAAAUAACUAAAUUCCAGUGGUCAGAAAAAAACUCUAGUUUUGCAGUUUUUGUCUACUGUAGAAAAAAAGUCAGCGUGAUCAAAUGGUGUACCACAAUUGAUAUGUAAAAUUAUACUAUUAAUGGAAUAACCAACUGUUACCCAUUAAUAGCAUAAGUAUAAACAGUAUACCUAAAUAAAUUGGAGGUUUUAGACACUAGUUUUAACAAUGGCAUCUUAAUUUGCCAAGGUGAUUACCUUGGUUUGACAGAAAAGAGUAAUAUUUCUAUUUCAUUUGAGACUUCAGCUCGCUUUUAGCUACAGAAGAGUAGGUAAUGGAGCUAGGUAUCUUUGCCUUAAGAUAGAAUAAACUCAGGCUGAGGUAUACUUGGCUCAUGGAGCCCUUCCUUUAGAUGUGUAUGCUCUACAUACCCAAAACCGUUUAAAGUCCUUAAAUCCCAGUAAUACUUGUGAACUUUUGUCCUUGUUAGUACCCAGGACUGUCCUAGAGUACCAGAUUCAUUUUGUCAGCAAUUGCAUCUGGAUUCCAUUACAACCUCUCAGCUGUUACUGCCUGUGGAGAGUUUCCCCCACUUCACUGCCUAUAGAGGGUUACCUCACUUCACUUCUCAGUUAUUCCUCAGGUCCUUGCUGUUUUGGCAUCAGUUGAAGAGGAUCUCGGUAUCAUCUAUGAGGGUUGUAAGUUUGUUUAAUUCCAUUGUUGUCUCUCCCAACCUCAUGCCUAUUCAGUAUUUAUAUUUUCACUUAUGGAGAUCAUUAAAGGGAAGUGAUAACCUCAUAGUAGACAUGGCUGACAUUUCAGGCUCUUGUUUGAGAGAGGUAGCACAAGGAUAAAAUACAAAAUGCUUGUUUGUUCAGUAUAUGAAAGGAAAGAGAGUUUAUUAUACACUUGUCCCAUGGCGUACCACUUGUAUAUAUCUGCUUAUGUUUACCUAUUCAUAUAUUCAUAAGUAAGUUUUAUAUACAUUGUAUCUUUGUUUUUUUCACUGACAUUAUUAUAUUUUUAAGUUACAGGUUAAAUGUGUCAUUUAACUAUUUCUUAAUUUAAACUUAUGUUUAUAUACAGAAAGAACUUUAGAAAAUUCAUUAAUUUGUAUCUUCUAUUGACAGCCACAGCCAUUGUGUUUAUAUGAUCUAAAGUCUCCUUAUUCAGUCAGUACUGCUCAUGAAUAAAAUGUAACAAGCUUAAAUUUCUCAUUUGUGAGUAGGAGAUUAGCUUUUUAAAGCAGCAGACUAGGCACACUAAUUCUCAUUAAACAAUUUUCGUAUGCGUGUAGUUAUCAAGUCCUAAAGUCUUAUUUAUUCCAACAGAAUAUUUCAUUUUAGGGCUAUAAAAAGGAUUCUAAUUAAACAUAAACAAUAGUAGGUUGGGUCUUUAACCAUUGUAUACACACACACACACACACACACCCCUACACACACACUCACUCACUCACACAUACACAUUUUGACAGGGUGUUUAUCAAAUCCUGAUGUACUUUAAGCCUAAAUAACUACCGAGAUGAGAAGAGAUAGGCUCUGUCUCAAGAUUAGGGAAAUUGAUGUUUCUGUCACUUGGGGAAAAGAUAGUCCUUUUGUCUUUAAAUUAUACAUUGUUUCUACCAUGCUUACAACCUAUAUUAAUUAGCUGGCAAAACAGUACAGCUUUAUUAGAUAUGUUACUAAAAAUGAAAUUAUUUACUGGAAGUUACAGAUUCUUCAGUUCAACAAACUUCUGAGCUCAAGUGCUAUAACAUUUUUAUUUAGAAUUUGAGUUUUGAGUUAUAAAAAUUACUCUUGGACCCUAUUGUUGAUAACUAGAUCAAACAGGAAAAAUACUGAGUACUUUUAGUGUUUCUAAAGCCUCAGUUGGAGUUACUAGUAUAAUUUGGAAGUGAUAAUAUGGUAGAAAAUAUUAACGUCUUUUUUCUGGAUCUUUUUCAUGCCAGAAAUUAAAACAGUUUCUGCUAACUCUUUUCUUGGUUGUCACUAGAAUGAAGAUAUUUAAAACAGUGGUCCCAAAAAGCCAUUCUUGCCUGGUUCACAUUGAUUUUGAGUUUCUUCAGUAUAUAUUGAUCAUGUAUUGAUUAAUCUUUAAUUUUUUUUCAUAUUUUGGUCAGAUAAAUUCACAUGUAUCUAAUGGAAUACCUUUUCUUGAUUGAACUACACUGUGGUAUCUAUAUGAUUAUACAGUAAAAAAAAUAAAGAACUAUACUAGGCUUAGUAAAUGUUUGUUGUUGAUUAUCCUAUCACUCGUGCAGACGGUACACAUUUCCACCACACACACAUACUUAAGCAAAUUAUCGGAUUUGUUCAUUAUCUAGUUCUACACUUUUUCUAAUGCUUCAGACUUGUCAUUCAUAGCAUAGUAUAUUUAUUUUACCUCACUGCUCAUUAGCACCUCUUACACAUAGUGGCCAGGGGAAAUAAAAGGAGGGAAAAUGGGAGAAACACAACGAUUAUAGGAUAAACUAGGACUGUUGAUUCCUGAAUCCCCAGAUAGUUCAGCUGACCUGUAUUUUCAAUUUAGGCAUUAGGUCUAAAUUAGUAUAAUGUCUUGCUUUAUUAGGAGGUUUAGUGUAAAACUUUACAGUGCUGCACUUGCAAAUUUAGUAACCUGUUAUUAAAAUCAGUUGGGAAAAUUUUUUUAAAUAUGUUGUGACUUUCUAUGACUAGGCAUGUGUUGAUUAUUUUUUUCAUCAUCACUUUUUGUUUUCUCAGUGUCACCUAUCAUAGGAAACUAGAUACCUUGUGAGGUUUUUCAAGGGGGGAGUCCAUUUGGAGAGCAUGACACACAAAGUAUCUUUGUAUUAUGCAGGGUGCCUGGCUGGCUCAGUCCGUGGAGCAUGUGACUCUUGAUCUGGGGGUUGUGAGUUCAAGCCCCACUUUGGGUGUGGAGAUUACUUAAAAAUAAAAUCUUAAAAAAAAAAAAAAGACAAGACAGAAAGCUUCCUUGCCACACAAGGUAAAUGUAGAAGAUACUAUUACGAAAUAGAUGAUUAGGAGCUGAAAUUUUAUCUCACUCUUUUUGAACAAAGGACAGCAUUUCAAAGUCUGUAAUGAACUUUUAUUUAUACAUAAUACACAUGCAUUCUUUCACAGUAAGUUUCAACAGCCUGAGGAAAUAGUAAGUCUGUGAAGCUACUUGUGUUUUUUACUUUUAAUAAGGAUGAUAGGAAAGAAAAGUCAGGUCAGUAAUCCAAAUCUAAAUAUGUGUACUGUAGAUGUUUAAGAAUUCACAUUUUUGUGAUAAAUUAUAUUAUAAAUAUAGAAGACUGACAUUGUAUAUUAGCAGUUUUAAGAACAGAAUAAAGUUUGGAAAUAGUGAGAAUAGACUAAUUUAUUUCAUUAAUAGUAUAAAUAUAAUAGUACACCUGAAUCACUAAUAUACAUCCUUCAAAAGCUAAAUGAUAUUCUAAGCUACAUCUUGAUUACAUUGUCUAUGGUUGAAAAUUUUAUAUCAAGUACAGGACUUUCUGAAAGUGUUUGGCAUGUUAUGCUGCCAAAAAUGACUAUGGUUUGAAAUGCCAAGUAACCAAUUUCUGAUGACUUUGUAUAGGACUUGAUAUAUAUGAGUCAAAAUUAUUCUAUACCAAUUCUGUACAUUGUAACUUCGAAUACUUGUAAAAAACUAUAUUUGUUAAUGUAUUUUGGUUAUUGUAAAUUUGUUUGCAUAUUUGAAUUUUAAUCAUAAUUUAGAAAGGCUAAAAAGUAGCCAGUUUUGUAAAGUUCAUAUACUAUUUUUAAUGUUAUUUUUGUUUUUAGUAUUUGUAUUCUCGUAAUGUUAUUAGUAAAAGAUUUAUAGACAAAGUAUAGAACUGUUAACUGUUCAUAAGCCAAAUUAUAGGCAUAUUUUGUAUUUCAUGUUGCACUUGUUUUCAUAUUGGACUUUUUACAUCCCUUUUACAGGAAAAAAAAAACACAUUUGAAUUUUUUAAGCACAAAACUCUGCAUUGAAAAAUGUAACUGUAUCCAUAUGGUUAGCAAAACAUACUUUGCCACCAAAGCUAAAAGAAACUGUAAAAUACCUCCAGAUAUCUGUGCCAAUGAAUUUUUCUUAACAUAUUGGGAUUAAAGGAAAAAUAUUUUCAGUAUUUUUCAUCUGCGACUUAAUAUUAAAUAUGUAAAUCAUCAAAACUUAUAUUCCAUACCCCAAAUUUUCUUUGAAUAUGUAUAAUAUACCAUAGUAUAUUCUAUUUUAUCUGAAUUGUGGAGUAAUGUUCUCUGAUUUUAUUGGGUUUAAAAGUUAAUUUACCCAAUAAUGAUCUUUUGUUAAUUAAUUGAAGUAAUCUUCUUUCAUUCAUCACAGAUUCAUUCUGUUGUGUAAAACUUUAAAUGUUAUUGUGCAGAUUAUUUUUAGUACAGGUGUCUCUCAUUUAUGUAAUAGAGAUUUUGCUAUGGAAUUUGUUUUGUUUUCUAUGUAUUUCCAUUCAGUCCCUUUAUAAAUCACAUGUUUCAAAGGGGAAAAUUAUCUACUAGAUCCUAACAGUACAAUGAAAUAAACAUUUUAAAAUGCAUAUUUUAAGAGAAAAUAUAAACAAUGGUGUUAAUGCUGAAUGUUAACACUGAUGGGUGGUAUACUCAAAAUGAUAGACUCAAACAUAUUUAUCUGACUGAAAUUCUUUGAUUUCUCCCCUAUAGAAAUUCUCAAAGGGAAUUUCAGUCCCUCGUAUUAUAUAGUUUUGCCCAUCGGUUAAUGUCACUUAUUGUUUCUCUGUCCAGUAAAGUUGAUGCAGUUUGCAAAAGUGGUUUUGGAAGUAAGGAGAAAACCAAAUAUUAAAAUGUUUGACCUUGAGGGGCGCCUGGGUGGCUCAGUUGGUUGAGCGACUGCCUUCGGCUCAGGUCAUGAUCCUGGAGUCCCGGGAUCGAGUCCCGCAUCGGGCUCCCUGCUCGGCUGGGGGUCUGCUUCUCCCUCUAACCCUCUUCCCUCUCGUGCUCUCUGUCUCUCAUUCUCUCUCUCUCUCAAAUAAAUAAAUAAAAUCUUUAAAUAAAAAAAAAUAAAAUAAAAAAAUAAAAAAAAAAAAAUGUUUGACCUUGAUUUAGUGACAGUUUAUCCAGCUAACCGGUAAUGACUGGGUAUUAGUAAAAAGAUGAUGUAUAAGACCUAAAAAUUCAGUUAACAUUGUUUUUUUGGAAUGAGUUUUUCCUUUGUGUUAAAUAAUUUUAUUAUAACCAUGCUAUCUACAUAAUCAAAUACGUAUUUGUUGGAAUGUUGGUAGAAAUAACCUCUUCCUCCUCUGUGGAGGGGGAAAAAAAUCUCUCAAUUUUUAGUGUAUGUGAUUUAGGAAAUUGUAUUGUGUACUUACAUUUUUAAAUAUAAAAAUGAUAUUAUUUUGAAUUGAUUGUAUUACAGUUUCUUAAACUUAUGACUAACUAAAUGUAGCAACAUACCCAUGAUAAACCAGACCAAAAUUGAAUGCAUAUUAUCACUGUGACCUUGAACUUAUAGUUGUUUAGGAUAAAACAGACUGUGCCUUAAAAUGAAGGAAUGCCCUGCAAUUUUAUAACUGUAUAUUUUAUAAAUUGGCCCCCAAUUUUUUUCUUUGAAGUUGGUGAAGUAAAAUUUUUAAAGUUGACCAGUAUUUCUUUUUUUGCUCUAGAACCUCCCUUUAAUUUCCAGAGUUCUCAUUUUGAGUUAAAAUUGACCUAUACUUCAUAGAUGUAGAAAAGUAAGUUUGGCUAAAGUUUCUGAAAAUUAUUUUAGGAAAAGGUGGUGGCAUUUCUGUUUUGCACUUAUAUAUUUACACAUGGAAAAAUCUUCAAAUAUCAUUUUUUUGUCUUUCUAAUAAAUAAUCUAUCAAAUACAUGAAUUCUUCCCUAAGACCUAUACUUAUUUUUUCUCAGAUUAUUGACACUCAUAUUUGAAUAUCAAAAGUUAGUUUACCUAAUAACGAUUUUUCAGUAAUUAAACUCAGAUUCAUGCAGUAUAUUUUUAAAUAUUAUUUUCCCCUUUUUCUCUUUUUCCUAACUAAUAAUUAUUUUUAAGGUAUCAAGGAACUGGUUUCAGUUGUUAUUGUUUUUUUAAUGUAAAGACUUACUAUAUUUUUACUGUGCUUAUUUAAAAAAUAAAUAAUUUCUAUUAAGACAAAUUAUUCCAUUCAUAGGACAUCAUGGUCUCUGCUAAAAGAUGCUCACAUCUGUGUGUACUCAGAAUUUGUUGUAUAUUUUUCAAUUUUGAACAUAAACCCAAUAUAUUUCUUUUUCCCAUUUCACCUCCACUACCUCCUCCCAAAGACAAAAAUCUAGGUUUCUCUACAAAUAAGGAGAAAGAAAACAUGUCUUUCCUUAAAACAUGUUAAAAUUGAGAUGGAAAUAGUUCAGGCAAGGAAAUGUAAUAAAAUACAUGGCUGUCAACCUGCAUCCAGAAAAUAUUAUAAUUAAAAGUUUAUGGGGCACCUGGGUGGCUCAGCUGUUAGGCAUCUGCCUUCGGCUCGGGUCAUGAUCCCAGGGUCCUGGGAUCGAGUCCCAUGUCGGGCUCCCCGCUCAGUGGGAAGCCUGCUUCUCCCUCUCCCACUCCCCCUGCUUGUGUUCCCUCUCUCGCUGUGUCUCUCUGUCAAAUAAAUUAAAUCUUAAAAAAAAAAAAAAAGUUUAUGAAGGACAAACUAUUUUGCUGAGAUAGACUCAGUAAUCCUUUAUUUGCAAAUUGAUACUUUUGUUCUCAUCCAGAAAAUGCAGUGCAUAGUAACAAUACUUAGUGCAAAGGAGCUUGUCCUGUAGCAUAUACUGAAAAAUGAUUGUCACCUUGCAGAUUUUUCCAUUUAAAUAAGCAUGAUCUUCUUCAGUACUUUGUAUAGUAUAUGGUGUAUGAAAUACACAUGUGUGAUUUUGUUGUAUUUUUUAUAUAAGUAACAUUUAACUGGUUGUAAUUCACAAAAAGUGCUAUUAUACUCUGUAGAGUGUUGUAUAUGUUUUUAUCUGUUGCAGCGUUAUGGUGUGGGGUUUCAUAGAUGAAUAUUUGCCUUCAGUCUUCGCUCAGGUAUUAAUGUGUAGCAAGUUUUGGUGCUUUAUUUUUAAUCUGUCAUAAUCUGGUGUUCUGAAUGUUCAACAAUAAA